AUUCACUUUUUAUAAAUAUGAGCUGAAUAUAAAUUCUGCCUGAAAAUCCACAUUUCUGAUGUUACCAUUAUUUAAACCUACCACUGAACCUCAUACUGUCUUUCCUGUUGGCAAACUAGAUUCACAUAACUCACUCUAACAACUAUAAUCCUUGGGCUGAUUUUCCUCUGGACUAACUGCAGGAGAUACAGGUCACCUGGUGGAGGAGACUGACUCCUGAUUGAGGAGUGGAAGCAGCUGGGGACAUUUCACUCCCAGCCAAUCAUGGUGUGACAACGCCCUUUAUGUGAAGGCUUAGAAGAGGUGGGGGAACGGCACCCAGAGGACCAGGACCUGCCCCUGCCCCUGCCCCUGCCCCUGCCCCUGCCCCUGCCCCUGCCCCUGCCCCUGCCUUUGCCCCUGCCUCGCUGAGAACCUCAUCCCCUUUAGAUUGCCAGCCAGAAACUCUGGUCUGUUUAGGCCCUGUUGUGUGUUCUUGGCAGCUCCAACAUCAUUCCACUGAGGAAACUGUUUAUUCUUGAACACCUUGAAACCCAAACCCCUGGACAUUUUGUUUCACUGGGAAAUCAUUUCAGUUUGAUUGUCCCCUGAAGAGGCAUUUAUUUAUUGGUUUAUUGUUGAAGUAGCUGACAUUGGGAUUAUUGGGAUUAGAUUUACAUGUUUUAUGUUUAUAUUUUUAUGCAGGCUGUUCUGGCCUAUAAGGAUUUUACUGCCAGUAUCUGUAUAAAUCAGUAUAAAUCUUGAAAACGAUCAAGAAAAUCUGUCUUAAAUUUGGGUAAAAAUGAUCCUUAAAGUCUUUACAAUCAUUGAAUGCAUCGGUGUGAAACCUACACACCCUGUUUAAGUGUUAGCAGUUGCUGUUUGGUGGUUGGUUGCAAUAACUCAAAGUUAUAUCACUUAAGGAUGAACACUUGUGUCACGCAAUCUCACCAUCAGCUUCGUUAUGUGCAGAAUGCGAAUUAAUCUUCAUUCCAAAAUCUGCAGAUCUUUUAACGGGCUCGUAAACAAGAAGAAUGCAGCUGCUCGACACAGCCAUGAAUGAAUUGGACCAUCUGAGAUGUUUUCAAGUCUGACCUGUUUGGGGUUUUGGGAUUAGCAUCAGUGAAUAGGUGGUGAAAAUGAAAGAGUGCAGCAGAGGAGAGUGAUCGCAGGACGACUCGGAUACAGCAGGGAAAGUUGCACAACAAUGUCCCGGGGAGGUUUGGUCGGCUCGGCUCCUCCACCGGUGGCACCAAAGAAGUUCACCAUCAAAAGGAGUCCAGGAGGGUUUGAGUCUGAAAAUGACUACGUGGAAAUAGUGGCGGUGAUGGCUGAACAGUCGAUUGAUAAUAAGUGUAAAGCAACACCUCCUCCUCUGCCUCCUCCAAGAUCUCCAAAAGAACAGGCUGACGACAAACCUGAAACCCUGGACACCAAGUCUUUGCUGGAGAGGUGGAAGACUGUGAAACCCUGGAAGGAUCUGUGCAAAGACCUCAAACUUAAAGGAUACAGUGAAACAAAGAUCAUCAGUGUUAAAGCUGAACACCUUUACAUGGGCAUCCAGGUUUACAACCUCCUGCUGUCUGCACGUGGCGGCGACCUGAAGGAACAAACUGCUGAGAUGCUCUGCAUUGCUGACAACUUGGACAAGGUUUCAAAGGGUACAAAGAUCGCCGGCAUCACAGGUGGGGCUACAACCGUAGCAGGAGGUGUGGCAGCAGCAGCCGGGGUGAUCCUGUCUCCACUGACACUGGGAGCCUCACUAGCUCUGACCGCCGUCGGGGUCGGCGUGGCUGCAGCCGGCGGCAUCACGGGUGCAUCAGCAGCCAUCGCCAACAAGGUCAACGUCACUCAGGACAAGAAGAAAAUAGAGAAGACCUUCCAGGAGUACGAGUGCCUCAUGGAGGAUAUUCAGAAUUGCUUGAAGUUCAUCGAUGAGGGCAUGAAGCAGCUACAGCAGCAUGACCUGUCCGUCCUGAGUGAAGCCAGGAAGGAUUCGGCAAGGGUGGCCAAGGUGGUGCAGCUCGCCACUUCAGGAGGAGGAAGUACCAGAGCCAUAGAGGCUAACAGUAAGGCCUCUGGGAUGAUGCAAGGCCUCGCACUAGGCCUUGAUAUGCACUUCAUCCAGGGAAAGGAUGGUAAUAAGCUGAAGAAGGGCCACGAGUCGAAGCUGGCGAGGAAAAUCCGCAGCCUCUCAGAGGAUCUCAAUACAGCUUUGGAUGAGCUCAUGCAACUCAGAGACUUGUACAGUACGCAAGUUUCUGUGGAGUAAAUGUUUCUCAGUUUACGGACCUUUUCUGACUAAUUUCAGCUUCAUGCUUUUAUAUGCGUAUGUAAUUUGUCAGAUAUUUACAUUUAUAUAGCCCAAAUGUAAAUUACCAUUCUUUGCUGAUAUUUUUUCUACUUAACUUUUUAUGUGUAUAUUCUACUUUACUUUAUCUCAUUUUUUCAAAGACAUACGUUGUCUACUGUAUAACCUCCUGUUGUUGCAUCUUCAGACUGGAACUGAUCUUGAAGUUUUAAUUGGACCAGACAUAAUUAUUAAAAAUGUGUGUGUAUGGUUUUGUAAUAUGCUUUUUUUUAAUAUUAUUCAUCUGGAAUUUUCUAUUAAAUCUUUGCCUUUAA